CAGCGGAGUAUUCAGCCUCUCUCACUCUCUCACAUGCUUGCACGCCCUCUAUGGUUAUCAUUUCCAUAAUCAGACCUGUCUUCUGUUCACAUCUUUCUCUCUCUCUCUGUCUGUUUAAUGUUCCCUUCAAUUUGUUCCUGUUCAGCGUCUUUCUCCAAAUGCUUUAAAGAGUACAGUCAGACCUUCCUAAGGUGGAUUAUCAGAUACUUUACAAGGAUGUAAUUCAAAGGAGUACAGUGUUCUUUGAAGGAAAAACUGGUGAUCCUGGAAGAACAGCAUUGUGAUCUCCCAUGAUGCCACAGUCACAGGAAGAGUAGAUGUAAUGGGGGAUUCUGUAGAGGUACGCACAGAUGGCAACUCCUUGCUGAAGGCUGUCUACUUGUGCCGCCUGCGCCUGACACGCCUGCUGCUGGAGGGCGGAGCGUACAUCAAUGAGAGUAAUGAACGUGGGGAGACCCCCCUGAUGAUCGCCUGCAAGACGAAACAUGCCGACCAGCAGAGCGUGAGCAAACCCAAGAUGAUCAAGUACCUCCUGGAAAAUGGUGCUGACCCAAAUAUCCAGGACAAAUUAGGGAAGACGGCUCUGAUGCACGCCUGCUUGGAACGGGCCGGCGUGGAGGUCGUCUCCCUGCUUCUGGCAAGCGGCGCUGACCCCAGCCUAGAGGACCACUCGGGCUCCUCGGCCCUGGUCCACGCUGUCAACGCUAAUGAGAAGGAUACGCUCAAAGUGCUGCUUGAUGCAUGCAAAGCCAGAGGCAAGGAAGUCAUCAUUAUCACCACUGACAAGCUGCCCUCAGGGAAGCAGAUGACUAAGCAGUACCUCAACGUCCCUCCACUGCCUGACUUGGAGGAUCAGCUCCUCUACACCCCCAUGUCUUGCAUGUCUCCCUCUGAAAUAGAGCUCCGUACUUCACAACAAGCCGUUGACCCCCAGCUAGAGAAACGUAUAUUCAAUUUCCAGAAUUCUAACAGUGUCACCUCUCAACCAGGUUCACCAAUGCAUGACCCAAGUCCCCUGCAGCCAGGAGUAGCUAAGAUCCUCCAUUUGCAAAGACUGCAUUCUGAACCUUGGUUGAAGAUCCCAUCUUCUCUGCUGCUGCAGCAGAACAAAGCAUCCUCAUUUACCGAAGACCUAAUGGACAUCACUCCGGAGGAGGAGCUCUCUUUCAGGAUCAAUGGGUUAAGAAUUCCUCGAGCCCCGGUUACCCGCCAGCAGAGCAUUGACAUCAGAGAUACAGCGGGUCUGAGCAUAGCUUUGGACCAAGGGGUUAACAAUGAAGACGGCCCAGGAGGAGGGAGGGGCCUGGGUCGGAAGAUGUCAUAUGAUGACAUCUCAUCAUCUCACUCUUCCUCACACCUUGAUCUUCACCGUAACAGUGGAGCAGCACCUAUCCCAGUGCACAAAGACCCUGACUGCCUGCCCAAUCUGGCUGUGUCUAGUCUGCGCAACAUUGUCCAAAGGCGAAAUAUAGGAAUUGACCACUAUAGCUCUGAUUCCCAAUUGCCCCAGUCUAGCAGCCUUGAUGACUACAAGAGUGCACCAGAAAAGAGGAAGCUGGUUUCAACCCGUUCCUCUACCUUGUCCAACUCUAGAGAGUCCUUGGAGAGUUUGGCCAGGAGAAACCCAGCCAUACUGGAACGCAGGGGGUCUGGAGCUCUACUCCUGGAUCACAUUUCCCAUACCAGACCUGGGUACCUGCCACCAUUAAAUCCCCAUGUUCCUAUCCCCGACAUUGGCGGCAGCAGCACAGCCACAAACAGCACCAUGAAACCAGCAUGUGGGAUGUCAGCUAAUAUGGGGCCCAAAUCCCUAAUUGCCUGUGUUCCCAACUUCCCCAAGGAUCUCAAGACCAAGAAGAUGUUGCUACGUCGUCAUUCCAUGCAAACAGAGCAAAUCAAACAACUAGUCAACUUUGAAGAGAUAUUUGGCCGCUAAUACUGCCAUAAACCAUAGUUUCAGGAACCAGUAUCCACUUAUAAAGCUGCAAGUUAUUUGUGCUAUAGCUCAUGUGUGUCAAUGUGAAUCAUCUUUAAAGCAGAACACAGCCAGCCAUAUUUUGAAUGGCAAUUUAAAAAUGGCUUGUGCUUUAUUUAGAUUCAGAUCUGUUUCAUGAAGAAAAUACUUUUGUCAACAGAAUUCAUGGAUGCUACUGAAAUGUGCAGUAUUAUGAGAUAAAAAGCAAUCUCAGACUAUAACAUAAACCAUUGUGAUAUUUUACACACUAUUAUUUAUGGCUUAUUCAAAGCCAUAAAUAGUAAUGACUUACUUCACAUUUUAGGGCUUAAAUAUAUAGUUUUAAUUUUAUGAUUAUAUUAUUGUUAUUAUUAUGUCAUUAUUAUUAUUGGGUUCAAUUUUACCAUGUAAAAUAUACUGCACUAUACUUCAGCUGAAAUAACAAGAAUGUGAAGGUUAUUUUGUGAUUGUUACCAGUAUAAUACUAAUAGUGAAGUAUAUUUUAUAUGGUGAUGUAAAGAGCAAACAAUAUUAAUAAUACUAUAUUCACAGAAUUAAAACUUGCUUUAAAGCAUCUGAUUGAUGUUUAUGUAAUAAACUGUAAUAUCCUCCAAUACUGUAUACCCUGCUUUCACGUGCUAGCUAUGUAAGUACCUAAAAAUUAAGAAUUCUUUUUUAGAACGAAGGCUCAUAAUAUAGGAAUGCAUGUAUUUGACUGAGAGAAAAUUAAAUCUAUAAAUGGCUUGUCAAAAAAAAUGUAUAUACACAAACUGCCUUAGUUUGUUCAUCUCUUUUUUGACAAUUGGAGUACAAAACACUGCAUCUUUUGAGACACCAAAGAUGUCUUUAAAAUCUUCUAUUUAUGAAGCAAACUAUAGACAGUUAAUAAAACCCUGGAUAGACAUUGCACAUUAAUGACUCAUAUACCCAUUAAUUUAUUCAUAUUAUUAAACUCAGAUACAAUGUUAAUCUAUGUAUAGCAUUUUAAGUCUUCUAAUGGAAACAAUUCUGAAAGGAAGCUGUAAUUCUCACUCUUUGGCUGUUGUUCUGCAUAGUGAAGCGAAUGACAGAAGGUGCAUUUUGAUAUUUUAUUUCCCAUGUAUGUAAUGUGAUCGUAGCUGAAAAUCAUUCAUUGUAAAUAAACUAUUUCCAAAACCCUGCGUAUUACUGUUGUGACAUCACAUGGUGCUCUACCAUUCUAAUUAUCACAUUUAACAUUUUUUACAUUAACAAAAGACUACUGUAAACAUGGAUUACUUGCGUAACUUCAGCAUUUUUAAAUGUCAAAUGGGCAUAUACAGUAUAUAUAUAUAGGAUUAUUAUAUAUAGUUGAGGGAGAAUUUUAUGUAUUAACAAAAUAACUCAUUAGCACACCAUUAUGUUUAUUCUUACUUUUGUUUUCUGCCCUAUCAUUACUUACCUUACAGUUAGGUCCAUAUAUAUUUGGACACUGACACAAGUUUUACUAUUUUACCUGUUUACUGAAAUAUAUUCCAAUUGAAGUUAUACAAUGGGCAUGGACAUAAAGUGCAAACUCUCAGAUUUCAUUUUAGGGCCCUCGCGAACGUUUUGCCCAGGGGCCCACACAACCCAUAAUCCGUCCCUGCAUGAAGGGUUUAGGAGUUUCAGCUUAACAUGUGCCAUGCUCUUUCUAAAGGGGCCAAAAGUAAUAGGACAAUUAAUUUAAAAGCUGUUUCAUGGACAGGUGUGGGCAAUUCCUUCGUUCUUUCAUUAUCAAUUAAGCAGAUAAAAGGCCUGGAGUUGAUUUGAGGUGUCUUGUUUGCAUUUGGAAGACUGAGGUGUGAACAUACAGCAUUGUUCUUGAAAGAAAGCAUUGGUGAACUCAGCAAUGCAAAAAGGCCUGGACGGCCACGGAUGACAACAGCGGUGGAUGAUCGCAGAAUCAUUUCCAUGGUGAAGAGAAACCCCUUCGUAACAGCCAACCAAGUGAACAACACUCUCCAGGAGGUAGGUGUAUCAAUA